AUGAAAACUAAACAUGCUUUCUUUCGAAUAAAAUAGUUUAAGAAGAUAACACUUAAUAAAAAAGGAAAAAAGCAGAAUUACAUUUUGAACACUGCUUUAGAAUCAUAAAAUGAUGGAAUGACCAAAUGUAAGUAUUUGUUUACUUUAUUUUUAGACUUAAAUAUACUAAGGAGAUCUUGUAACAGAUGCUAAACUUAGAAAAAUUAAUUUAUAACUUAUUAACUUAUUGGAAUUGGAAAUGA